GUGUAUAUGGAUGGAUUCUGUUGGUAAUAGACACUUACCUAGCUUGAGGUUUGCCAUAGACUCGUUCCCUGCCUAGAACGCAACUGAACUGCUUCAAGCAUCUCCAUACUACAAACCGUGGAAAACUACUUGAAAACGACGGAAUAUUUAAAUAUACAUUUACAGCUGGUCUGUUCGCACUGGAUGAGCAUUACCUGAGACUGCGAUGAACAACAUGAAGAAGACCUGACCGAGGGCAGGAGAGGAGAAGAGUGCGGUCGCACCUCUGGCUGUUGCAUCAUUUUUCUAUGAGCAGUGGAAUCGCUAAACACAAUUCUACCGAAGGUGAGAAGCAAUUGUCAGAUUCAGCAUGGAGAGGUAUUUGUUCAACCCACCAGAUGGAGGCUAUGGCUGGGUUGUGGUCACCUCGGCCUUCUUCAUCAUGGGCCUCACUGCUGCUGUUCAUAAGAAUUUCGGUCUGUUUUUCCUUGAAAUCCAAAAUCACUACAAUGUCCUUACUAGUACUACCUCAUGGGUGACCUCAACCACCAUUGCUGUGUUUCAUUUGGGAGCUCCUCUUGCCAGUGCUCUCAGUAUGCACCUGUCCCAUCGCACUGUUAUCAUGGUCGGAGGGCUUCUGGCUGCCUCAGGAAUGAUUAUCGGCUCUUUGGGCCUCAGUCUGCCUUGGAUGUAUCUGUCUGUGGGUGUAUUGCAAGGUCUUGGAGUCUCAUUUUCUUGGUUACCAGCUAACAGCAUGGUCAGCCAUUACUUCAAACGCUGGCGCCCCAUUGCCUAUUCUAUUGCUAGUUCUGGAGAGUGUGUCUUUGCCAUGGGGUUCAGCCCAUUUUUCCAGUGGCUUAUCGACAGCUAUUCUUGGCAGGGGUCUCUACUCAUCAUCGGCGGUCUUCAGCUGAAUCUGUGUGUGUGUGGUGCUCUGAUGAGGCCCCUUCAAUCUACACAAACCUCUAUCCAAGGCAAACCUGUGCUGGACUCAAAAGGUGAAAGCAGGACAUCAAAAAAAGGCACUUUCCAGUGGCGUCUCAUUCAGAAGCCUGAGCUGCUGCUAUAUAUAAUGUUUGCCAUCUUGGCUGCAGCAGGUUUCUUCAUCCCACCUUUGUUUCUGGUGCCGUAUGCCAAUAGUUUGGGCAUGGGGCAGUAUUGGGCCGCCUCCGUUCUGUCAGUGCUGGCAUUGGCAGACCUGUUGGGCAGACUGGCGUGCGGAUGGCUGGCUAACCUGCGGCUCGUGAGAAACCUGCAGCUGCUGACCAUGGUGGUCAUAGUGCUGGGGGUGGUGCUGCUUCUGCUGCCUGUUGCACAGAGCUACUGGACCAUCCUGGUCUUCUCCUCGCUCUAUGGCUUCCUGUUCGGAUGCGUGGUGGCCAUCCAUGUGACUAGUAUCGUGGAUAUUGUUGGACUGGACGGGUUUGAUAGCGGUCUAGGGCUCUUCAUGCUGUUCCGGAGCUCUGGAGGAUUUGUGGGUCCACCUGCUGCAGGCUGGCUGGUGGACUGGACUCAUGACUUCAGUGCUGCUUUCUACUUUUCUGGCAUCUGCCUUGUGUUGUCUGGGGUUUUUGUGGUGCUUGUUGACAGGAUGGUGGAGAAGAAAAAACUCAAUCAACCAGAUUCAUUUACCGAGACUACAGAUCAUCCAAUACAUAAAGCGGACAGUGCAGAAGUUUGACUGAUAAUAAUUCACCUGUGUUUUACUUUUGUUAUAUAAACUUGUAUCUAUUUAAAGCCAUAUUAUAUUAAUGUUUUUACCUUUCAAAAAAAGCUGCGGGCUUUUUAUUAUCUCAACCUCUCACCCCAUAUCUUCCAGGCAGAGAGAUAUCAGUUUAAGACUGUGGCUUCAUUGCCAUGUUUAAAACCAAUAAUUGUUCACGUAAAAUGACAACGGCUGAGACACGUGCCGUUCAGAGCCUGUUUCUGCCCUUAGAAAUAAUUAAAGAAGCGUUGAGUGCAGAUAAGGCUGCUUAUUUCAUCAUGUACAGAACAUGCAUUCAGUGAGAUAUGAUUUUACAGUAUCUGAAAGCAAUAUAAAUAUUAUAAUCUCUCUGUUUGUGUGCAUACAUGGCAAGUAAUAUGUGAAAUUACAAAUUAAAUAUGCAUUUACGCUACAUACAGUGGCUCCAAAAAGUAAAGUGGCAUCUGCAAACAAAUGACCUUAUCAUUUCUGCUAUUACUUACUUGCCUCAAUGUGAUUUUUGAAUGGCUUAUCUGUUGUUUUAUUUAAAAUAUAACAAACUUCUUUCUCUGAAAUGUUUUGCUUAGUGUUAUUUUAGUUUAAUUUAUGUGGUAUUAUAGUUUUUGUUAAUAUUUUGAAUUAGAUUUUAUUUUUAUAUCAUAUUUUUGUUUUAAUUUUUAGUCAUUUUCUGUGGUUCUGUAAUUUAUUAGUUUUUUUCCACAUUUUUUCUACUUAGUUUUUAUUCAGUUUCAGUUUUUAGUUUUAGUUUAGUAAUUUAAAUGAAUAUGGGAAAUGUUGCAGUUACAUUCAUAAGUGUCUGAAUACUUUUUGGGCCCACUGUAUUAUUUCAGAAAGCCACAAAGAUUUAUGCAACAAAAUAAUACAUGGUUUUGAGCAGUUGUUGAGAAAGUGGACUGUGUCUUAUAUUUUAUUGUCUUUCAUGCCUUGUGUUUCAUUGUAUAAUACCACAUUUCUCUGUGUUUGUAGGGAAGUUCCUGUCUCUGAAUAUAUGAUGUAAAUUAUGUGCAUACUGUAUACACACACACAGAACUUUGUAAUCACAAAGAUGCCUUAGUAAUGUAGAAAUCUGCUUAAAUGGGCAAAGCUGGCAAAUAAGUUUUAUAAAGAAUGUGCCACCUUUAACCUCAAAAUAACAACUGCCAGCCAAAAAAAAAAGUGCACUGAACUAAUGUUCCUCUUAGGCAGCAGAAUCGUGUUCAGGUUUAUGAAAACACACUGUAGACAGUUUAUAUCAUGACCAGUGUUGGGGGUUACGAGUAACUUGAGUUACGUGAUCAGAUUACUUUAAGUUAACAAGUAAAAUAAGACAUUACUGUUAAAUUUACAACAAAAUAUCCGAGUUACUUUUUCAAAUAAGUAACGCAAGUUUUUUCAUUUAUUGAUGACAACUGUACAUGUGUGAAUUUGCAUUUUCUUUGGCCUGAGGCUUUUUCUUUUCACUUUCAGUAUGAAAGGACCUUUACAUUUGGUAAAAUAGAACUUUUUUUUGUUAUUAAAAAAACAAACAAGCAAGCCCAGUUACUUUUACUUAGUUACUUUUUCCAUAAAAAGUAACUAAGUAACGCGAUUAAUAGCGCGAUGCAAUAUUGUAACGCAUUACUCACUGAUCACUACAUAUGUCUUUGAUGUAAAUGUGCCAUGACCUGUAGAAUUGUGCAAUGUAAUUUAAUCUCAUAUGCAUAUUUUGGUCUUUUGGUACUUCCCCAAAAGCACAUUUUCUUACCAAAGAUACAUAGAGAAAAACACUGGUAGCAGUGUUAGUUAUGUUUAUUGAGCAAGUAAUGUCUUCGUUUACAGAAAUGGAUUUGUUGUUUUAUGUACAGUGUUUGAAUUUUGUUGUGAUGACAAGACUUGCUUUUUUCCGUAAUUGCAAGUGACAAUCAGGGAACACUAUGCUAUUUAUCCUGAUGUUUCCUUUGAGUUGUAAAAUAAUAAUAAUAAUUUAGGUUAAUCCAAUCAGAUUUAUUUCUGUACAGCAGAGUUGUGUGAGCUGCAUGUCAUUCAUUCAGCCUUUAAGUUUUAUUAAAUGCAAGAAUUAUGCUGUUGACAACCACUUAGUGUUUUUAUAUUCAGGGGCAUUUGGAUAUCUCUUUUGACAUGAAUGCAUUUUUGACAUUUUUUUAAAUAUAUAGUCUAGUAAGUACUACCAAAUUGUAGCUAUACAACGACACAGAUGUAUAAUUUAUAGUCAUCUAAAGACACAAAGAUUAGAAAAAGGUUUUGUUUAGAAUUGUUUUUUUUUAAACGUGGUUAUUUUCACUUAAGAAUUAUGUCUAAAAUCGUUUGUGAGACCAGUGAUCACAUCCCAUUAGCUUGGAUGAUGGGAUCACAUCCCGUCUGCAGUGUAAGCAAUGAAUGUAUAUUGAGAGAUCAUCUCUCUGUCCCAUCACCAGGUGGCAAUAUGACCACAGUAAGAAAAGCAUGUGUUGUACACUGCCAACUGUGGAUAUGUAGUGUUGAUCUUGUUACAUACAAUAAAAAUAUAUAUAUAUAUUCACUGUUUUUGUA